AUGGAAAAACACAAACAACCUACUUAUAAAUACUGUAUUGUGCCCGAGUGUAAGAAUACCAUAAGGAAUGCACCAGAUAAAGUGUUUUUUCUUGUCCCAAGAGGUAUCGAGAUAAGGAGACAGUGGUGUAAAAUAAUUAAAAGAGAUAGGAUAUCUCCAUCAACUCCUUUAUAUUGUUGUGAAGAUCAUUUCAAUGUUGAAGAGGAUACAGAUAAUUAUAUUCAGUACAAAAUAAUGACACAAAUAAAACAAAAAGUUAUAUUACGAUUAAAGAAAGGUAUCCUGCCUCAUAAAUUUCAGUGUCAAAAUGAUACUGAGUUGCAGCCACCGCCAAAGAGAAAAGGUUCCUUAAAGCGCAAACAUCAAGAAAUAAUUGAAGAAGCUUCAUCUACACCUCAUGCUAAUGAAAGUGAUAAUGUACUAAUAAUUACUAAAUCAUCACUAAACAAUCAUUUAGAAGCAGACAGUUCAUCUUCAUGUUAUAUACAGACAAUAGAAGAUAAUGAAACUAAAAAUAUAUGUGAACCUGGUUGCAGCCCUUCUUUUUAUAAUGUAUAUGAUAAAAAAAUCUCCAUCACUCAACCUUCAGUGUCAUCAUCAUCUUUUGAAUCAGAAAUGAGUUCUGAUUUGAGCUGUAUAGAGGGUGAUUCGGACAAAGACACACAAUUUAAGAAAGAAAUGCAUAGAUGCAUGUUAAUAGCUAUUGAAAAGAACCCUAAAAUGUUAAUAGGCUUACCAAAAAGAUCAUAUUAUUUAAUAAGGUUAUUAAGUGAAAAUAUUCCACUUCCCACAGCAGACAUUUUAAUAACAUUAAAGAAACUAAAACUAAAUGAAUCUUUCAGUAUAUUAGCUUUACAAUUUGGGUACACACAGAGUAAAAUCAGUGAAAUUUUUUUUAAGAGUAUACCUUUACUGUCAGAGAAAAUGAAAGAAUUGAUUGUAUGGCCAACACCUACAGAGAUUUCUAAAAAUUUGCCUUCACCUUUUAGGGCCAGAUGCUCUAAUGUGGUUUCUAUAAUUGAUUGCCUCGAAAUACAAAUUGAAAAACCAACAAAUGCAGUCAACCAGUCACAAUAUGAGAAAUGUAACACAAUGAAGUACUUAAUUUCUUGUACACCUGAUGGCUUGGUGAAUUUUGUUUCUGUUGGAUACAGUGGCGAGGCAACUGAUAUAAUGCUAAUUGAAGAAAGUGGUUUUCUUGAGCGUUUACCACCUAACACUGCAGUUUUGGUAGACAGAGGCUUUAAUGGUAUAUCACAUUUGCUACAAAAAAAAGAUUGUACCGUUAAAAGACUCCCUUCUAAGUCCAUUGGUGUAAAAAAUGUUAAUCUGUUGAAAAGAAUAGCAUCAUUAAGGCUUCACAUAGAACGUAUUUUGGAAAGAUUAAGGCAAUUUCAUAUGUUACUACCUCAUGCAUGUAUUGACCACGACUUAGUCCCUGUUAUAGACGAUGUUAUAUUAGUAGCUUGUGGGUUAAUCAAUACACAGUAUAUUUUAUUAAAAAAG